AUGGGUGAGUGUUUGCGAGCAGAGGCGCGUGGGCUAAAUCUAGGCCGCACGUCGUGGCACUAUGACGAAGGACGGCUGCAUCAGUACCGGUACAAGCCUGCACCUUCCGUCGGGCCGCCGUCUUCGGCCAUGGAGGCGGCGCUCCGCCUGCCUAACCCUUCUCCGGCCCCGCUCACCGCGGACGGGCGGGCCGCGCUGAUCGUGGUCGACGUGCAAACCUGCUGGUGGAGUCUGAGCCCCUGCGGGCUGGCCCGGGCGGCUUUUCCAAACCUCCCGCAAAGGACCGCGGCGUUGCUGGCCAUGGCGCGCGUGCACGGCGUGCCGAUCGUGCACGUUCGUGCCAACUACGAGGGGUCGCCGCACGUCGCCACGAUGAGGCGGCUGAACCCGAGCCUCAACACCGUCCCGAUCCUGCCCGACUCGGAGGCGUGGGCACGCGAGCGGCCGGGAGAGCCGGUCGUCUUCAAGUCGACGUUCGACGGCUUUUUCCGGACGGAGCUCGAGGCGUGCCUCUGUCGCAUGGGCGUGACGCGGGCGUCGCUCUCGCCCUGCUCGACCCUCGACGACCUCCAGGGCUCCCUCUUCGCUGCGCACCGCGCCCCUGGCCGCUAA